UGGUCGUUGAUUUUGUCCGUUUGUCAUGCUUCGCUUUUCGAGGAAUUCUCUGCGAAAAAGAAGUUAUCAAUGACAGUUUGCGGUUUUCGCCAGCGUUCGAGGACAUGCUGUCCUGUCGGGUUUGGAAGUCCUUUUGUUUGUGACCGAGAGUGAACUCCUUAUCCUGACGAGUUUUAGCAGAAGUCGUGAGUUUGGACUUCUGGGUUGCGUUCAGCUUCUUGCCCUUAGUUAUCGUCACCGUCUGUGUUAUGGCUUAAAGUGAUUCUUUUUCCCUGCGCCAAGCAAUCCCAAAGGCUACUCCUUUUCUUUUUUUUGGCCAGAUAAAAAAAGUGUACUUUGGGUUGCACGUUAGUCGUGUGAUGGUGAGACGCAAAAAAUUACCCUUGAAAUAAAAAAGUAAUAUCAACACAUGUUGAAAGAGCGGCAGUUGAGCAUUAAUGGUGAAUAACAUGCUGUGCUUUGGUACAGAUACGGCAAACCUAAGGCAUUGUGCUGUGCAUUCAGGGAAGAAUGGAUCAGGUGGAGCUUGGUAGGCAUACUAUAAAGUCGCAUGGAGCGGCGCUUGCAAAAAAUCACAUGCACGACUGGCUUAUAUUGCUGUUGCUCGCACUCCUAGAGGUCAUGCUUUACAUCAUCCAUCCGUUUUACCGCUUUGUGGGGAAAGAUAUGAUGACGGAUCUUAGAUAUCCAAUGAAAAGAAACACGGUGCCUAUCUGGGCCGUUCCUGUGUAUGCUGUUCUGUUACCAAUUUCCGUCUUCCUUCUUGUCUACGUGCGUAGGAGGGAUGUUUAUGAUCUGCACCAUGGAAUUUUAGGGGUUUUGUAUUCAGUGCUAAUUACUGGGGUGAUUACGGAUUCAAUAAAGAAUGCGACUGGUCGGCCUCGACCCGACUUCUUUUGGCGUUGCUUUCCAGACGGAAUCGAAGUAUACGACAAGUUGGGAAAUGUCGUGUGUCAUGGCAAGGAGCUGAUUAUAAGGGAAGGGUACAAGAGUUUCCCAAGUGGCCAUGCCUCCUGGUCCUUUGCGGGCUUAGGUUUUCUGUCGCUGUACUUAUGCGGCAAAAUUAGAGUAUUUGAUCGGAAAGGGCACAUAGCCAAGUUGUGCAUCAUUUUCCUUCCUCUACUACUCGCAUCUCUCGUCGCGGUCUCACGAGUGGACGACUAUUGGCACCACUGGCAAGAUGUUUUUGCGGCAGGUUUUAUGGGGCUCAUUGUAGCAGCUUUCUGUUAUCAUCAGUUUUUUCCUCCACCAUAUGACGACGAAGGAUGGGGCCCUUAUGCGUACUUCCGAGCGUUGGAAGAGAUGCAUACCAACUCAAACUCGGCCCCUCCCCCAAACGGGAUCUCUAUACAGGCGAUGGAGGCUCAGGCCACGAAUCUCCAGGCAAGAACGUACAGGAACCCGGUGUUGUCGCCUGAGGCUCGGGAGGAAAGGUCGCCAUUUGAUGAUGUUGAAUGUGGGAGGAGAUGAUUUUGCGGGUGGGUAUAUGCAUUUGUACGUGUGGGUUGUGUGUAUAUAUGUCCUUAAAUGGAAAGAUCUUUGUGGGGUUAGAUUUGGCUAAACCACUGAUGCUGGGUUGUGCUAAUUGUACCUUAAGGAGAUGAGUCUGUGGGAGAUAGGAUAAAUCUCUGGAUGUUAUCUGGCAAAGUUAUGACUGCUUUUAGGGAACCACUCUACCCAGUUUCAAGUUAUUGUGGCUUUAAA